AUGGAAAAGGAGGAGGAAAAGGAAAAGCGAAGACAAAAGGCAAAUCCAAAGAUGAAGAUUUGCCCAGAUUUGAUCUUUCGAGAAGAUGGCCCAGGGCUUUGCAAACCACUUGGCAAUCACUUAGCAAAUCGCUUGAAGAAGGAGAGACACCGAAAGGAGAAAUUGCUAUCGUCAAGAGCGUGCAACAUCUUCGACAGCUUCAAGCGCUUGCCCACGACCUCAAGAUCAACAAGUCCUUGCUUUUGGUUGCGAAACGCAUUGGCAGUGAUCCGUGAGACUUGCCAAAGCCUUCUCCUUCCAUGGAUGGGGAACCUUGCGAUGAUCGAUGCAAUUGUUGGGAAUUUCAACAAACAAAAACCAAACUUGGAGAAGGAGAAGAUUCAUGAAUGCAAAAUGGAGAUGGCAAAGUGUGAUGAUUUGGCUUCUUUGCGUUUGACUACGCCCUGGAAGUUCAUUUGCGAGAAGAAUAAGCAGAUCCUUCUACAGAAACCAGAGUAUUCUGAUAUCAUUGUCAAACCCUCUGCGCUUUGGGUUUCAAGACUUGGCGAAAGUGACCAAACCUAUUUACAAAGAACAACAGAAGAAGCAAAAGGCGCACCUUUGACCUGGAGAAGAGGCGACGGCAAUGACCUUGGAUAUCAUUGCAAGGAGGAGGACAUUACGGAUAAAUCUUGGGCAGUCUGGGGCGUUCCAGCUUUCAAUGGCCCUGGAAUGGUCGAAGAUUGGCUUGGGCAGCAAGGUUGGACUUUGAGAACAAGGCCACAGCCACCUCACUCUAGAGGCAGCCCCUGGAAGAUUUUUGGACAGUGCAGUGAAAAGCAAAGUGCCUAUGCGUAUCAAGUUGAGAUUGAGGGCAACAUUCGGCGUCUGUCCAUCGUGCCUUGGAAAAGCAGCCGCAGACCAAAAGAGGAGACAUUUCAAGUUAGCGGCCCCAGAUGGUUCAGCGAGCACUUUCAGUAUGACAAGGUUGGCCCUACGCAGGUCCUUGAACCAACUCAGAUGGAUGCGAACAUGGAUGAGGAAGAAGCUGAUGGAGAUAAGAUUGUCUCUCCGCCAAAAAAGAGAGUCAAGCCGUCCAAACUGAGAGGUGAUUGCGGAUGGCGUUCAAUUGCCUUCCAAUUAGCUGCAAUCAAUUCAAAAUCUAGCAAUUUGGCCGAGAAUGUGAUGUCGAAAAUUGCGGUACUUGGCAAAGCUCUCAGAAGCCAAGCCCUUUUUCAUCUUUGUGAAGUUGAUUUGGAAUGGCAGAAGCAUUGGGCUCCUGACGACGCUUGGACACCACUCACUGAGGACGGGCCGCCAGCAAAAGAUUUGAAAACAUUUGCAACUGAGACCCUGCACCGCGACAACAGAUGGAUCUGCCUUUCUGACCUCAUGGCAGUCUCGGCGGUCAAAAAGGUCCACAUCAUUAUCUGGCAAUACAAAGGCGAUGACAGUGAGCCUUGGUCCAAGAUUGCUGUGAUUUCACCAAAUGACGAGAAGAAGAAAUUGCCCAUUAUCCACCUUGCCAAAGAUGGUGGACAUUACAUGCCUCUGAUUUCUGACACCAUGCAGAAGCCCGAUUACAGCCUCUUGGAAAACCGCACUACUUGGUCUUCAAAGGGAAUCCAAGGCAAAUCUUCAGGCGAGAAGAAACAGAUUUUCAGAGCUGGAGGAGGAGAAAGCAACAAGGGUGGAAUCAAUGGCCCUACGGGCAUGAAACUACGCACAUUGGAAUUGGGAGGAACUGGAGACUGUGGAUGGAGAUCAAUUGCCUUCCUGAUCGCUGCCAUCAAUGUGAAUCAUGACAAACUUGUCAACAGCGUCUUGCCCAAGAUCGAAAAUCUUGCAAAAAAAUUGAAAGGCCAGGCGCUUCAUUUUCUUUGCGAAAUUGAUCACGAUUGGAAGGAGAACUGGAUGCCGGAGGAUACCUGGACUGCUUUGACGGAAGAUGGACCUCCAGCACAAAAUUUGCAGGAUUUCAUCAAUGAGACUUUGCAUAGGGAAAACAGAUGGAUUUGCCGCUAUGGCUUCAUGGCAAUUUGCGAGACCAAGAAGGUGAACCUGGUGGUUUGGCAGUACCGGGGCAAUGACAGAGAGUCUUGGACAAAAAUUGCAACCUUUUCACCGAAGGAGACGAAAGAGUUCCCAACUAUCCACCUUGCGAAAGUUGGAACCCAUCUCAUGCCGCUCAUCCCUGAUGAACUUCAUGUUCUUGGCAAUGAUCUGCAAAGGAAUGGAAGAACUUGGAAGCCGAGAAGACAGCAGAACAUGAACGAGAUUGCUGACUUCAGAGGAGGAGGGAACUUUGAGCAAAGGUCUACGAUUGGCGAUGUCGGUAGUGAAAUUUCUGAGGGAAACAUUGAGGACUUGCUCAAAUCACCAGAUCCCUGGACCACUCCAAAGAAGAAAAGCUUCUACACUCCUGAAAGUGUGAAAACUAUUCAGUCCUUCAACAUUCGGGAUGCACUGCCUACGCCGGAAACAUGGGCAACACCAUGCAGCAAUAUGAACAAGACAGAGAACAAGAACAACUAUGGUCUCAGUCUUUCGAAAGUGUGCCAUUGGGCUUGCCCAUUCUGUCAAUAUCAGUGCUUCAUUUCAAACCCUGCGAAAAGAACCCAGGACAUCAGAACUCAUCUUGACAAAUUCCAUGCAAGAGAGACGAAGAAAACAAAAGAGAGGAAUAUCGAGAAAGGCAUUUCUGCAUCUGGACGACAUGGAUUGGGCAUUGCCGUCCUACUCGAACCUUUGCAACUUCGAAAGAUGCCAAAGCAGAAGGCCAAGAUCAUUUGUCCUUUUUGCAAAUUUGGGGCAGAUGUCAACCCUGGCAGUGCAGCGCUUCGAAAGAAAACCUGGAAGCACCACUUGAAGUCUUGCACAAAAGCGCCAAAAGACUGCAACCUGAAGGUGCUCUACGCUGCGAGGAUGAAACAAGAAGGUGGGAUCUGCCUCGGCAACAGAGAAGCUCACCGGAAGAAGAUGAUCCAAGGUAUUUGGAGGCUUUGGAAGAAGUUCAUCAAGAAGUAUGGCAAAGCAAAACUCUUCACUGACUUGGAGCUCAGCACACAUCAGCAGGAGAAGAUCCAGAAGGCAAUUCUUGAGAGCGACUCACGCAAAGAAAGACAGAAAGUUUGGACAAUCAACACGGGCGGCAUGCCCGGCUUUUGGCGGCUCCUUUUUCUUUUGGAAGCUACAAAGAAGCAGCUCAGACCCUUUGUAGUUCAUGCACAAGAGAUUUGCUGCAGCCUUGAAGAGUGGAAAGCAACUUUAGGUAGAAUUUCAACCCUUGGAUAUACUGCAUAUGCGUCUUCCACGGUUUUGCGUGGGGCCAAAUGCACUGGAGUCCUAACAAUGGUCUCGAAUCAUGUUCAAUCACAGAUGUGUGAUGAAUACUGCAACAAACGUGGCUAUGCUGCAAUUACACUUAAAGUUCAAGAUUUGCUCAUGAUCAACAGCUAUUGCCCACCAACAGUUAGCGAGUUGCACCAGCAUGCCAUUGAGUUUGAGGAGAUGCCCAUUAGAUUGGAUUGGCAGGGUCCCAUGUUAUUUUGCGGUGAUUGGAAUCAGGGGCCAUCUGAUUGUUUGGUAGCCACUUUAGCUGUCAUGUAUGGUUGCUCCAUUGCAGAUUCUGACGAAAAUUCUUCGCGCUGGAAAGGGCACCGGCUCAUCGAUUUCUUUAUUUCGAAUAUUCCUCAUUUGCGCUUCCAAGCACUUGAUGCCAAGAUCUCUGACCACAAGAUUAUGGAGACCACUGUCAAGCUGGAGUGCUGCUCCUACAAUGUCCAUCGUUUCAAGAAGGGUUUCAAUUUUGAGAAGCCUCUCUGGCUCAAUAUCAAAGGAUGGGAAGACCUUGUCCAUCAGGCGUACAACAUUGAGAAGGCCACCAAUUGGCAACAUGCUUGCAGAUUAACUGAUGACGACACCUCCAUCCCGAGCCAAGUUGAUGAUUCUGAUCAAGAUCAGGAGAUUGUAGACUUCACUUGGAAACUCACUAUGUCAAAAGCUUUGACCACCUUUCAAACUGCUUACAAGUUGGCCAUUCUUUGCAUUCCGGAGAAUUUUGACAAUAAGUGGGAGAUCAUGAGGAUUGAGAAGCUGGCGAAUAAGGUGCAGCACCAAGACAAGACUUCCACCUCGAAACCUACUGCGGUAGACCUCAUCCGGGAAUUUGACAUGAAUCUCAAGCGUAGAGUUUGGAUGAAUGAAGACCAGAGACGUCAAAGAGUCAGGGAAAUUGCUCACCAUCUUCACAACUUCCAAGGCAAUGUUCAAGGCAGAGCUCCCAACCUGAAAGUCCUUCAGCAAGCGAUUUCAAAAGCCAAAGGUGGUCCUGGCCUCGACCAAUGGAACUACUAUGAGAUCAAGACCCUUGCGAAGAUCCCUGAGUUUUUGAGAGAACUUGGCCAAAACUUUAAACUCUGGAUUGACCUUGGCAUUACUCCUUCAAUCCUUGCGGAGGUCAAGGUGACUUAUAUCCCCAAGGCGAACAAGAUCUCUAAAGGCACAGUCAGCAUCAAAGGUCUAAGGCCAAUCACUGUCUUCAGCAUAUGGUGGAGAACCUUUUCAGCGAUGUGGAUCAUGUCACCUUUGAUCGAUGCGCUGCAAGCACAAAUGCCGAAGGACAUCAUAUGCAGGCGAAGCAAAGGACCUGAAGUUCAGGCCUGUGUGGCUGACGCUCUACUGCAGCUAUGGCAGCAUGGAGCGACAUUGGACUUUAGUCAUUGCUUUGACACAGUGGACAUCAAAAUGCUGAGAGACGGUGAGAUCCUGCGUCUCCACUUGCGCUUUCUCUUUUGCUAUGGGUAG